AUUUUAUUAUAGAAAAUUGAGUUGAGUAUUAUUCCGAUCCACUACCUGGGUUAUAUUUGUUUUGCAUUUUGAAUUUUCAUUUACAUUUUUUUACAUAAACAUAUAUACGCGCGGGUAAUGGGUGAAGCUGGAAUUGAAAUCCUUGUGUAGUUGUUGCAGUGAAAGACAAAGAAGAUCAAAUAAAUGGGUCUAGCUUUAACCGUCGGAUUCCUCGGCCUUCUCAUUCUAUUUCACGCCGCUUAUUCAACUAUUCAGUACAGGGGCGUGUUGAAGAUUACUGAAGAAGAGUUUUCAGGGCUUCCAAUCGAGGUGGUGAUUGAGCUGUUUCUUGGAUUGCUGCUCUGUUUUUGGACUGCGCUCACUGCCCCGGGGAAGUUUCUAUCCAUACACCCUCACUCUGAGGAGAACAGAAUUGUCUCUUUACCUGCCAACCCAGACUUCAUGAUCUUCAACCACCGAGGCAAGGUCUUUCCUGUGGAAAUGGAUUUGAAGCUGAGACAAUGAGAACUAUUGGAUCAAGUGUCUUUAUCUCUCACAUGAGGAGGAAAAUGUUUACACUGAAAAAUUAAAGAAUUGGGAUGUAGAUUUUGACCGUUGGUUGAUUUAUGGGUUUUGCAGUUUCUUUUUGUAGCUUGGUCACUUGCCCUGGUAAUUUUGGCAGGAUGUUGUUACUUGAGUCAAUUGAUUUGGCGAAGCCUCGGGUUAGCUUGUUAUAGGAGUUAUAUAAUUAGACUAGAAUGAAGUGAAGAGCCAUGCUUAGCUAAGCAAUCAGCUGACAUAUUCCCUAAUUCAGUGUAUGUAAUUACGAUGUGAGAUGUAAACUAACUUAUGUAAUGAACAAACAAACUGAACUACUAAAAAAAGGCAUCAAGAGUGAUUGUGCCAUUAA